AUGCAAUAAAUAUAGAAUAAUGAGACUGAGGAUCAAGAUUAUUUGAAGUAAAUAUCAUAAUAAAUUCUAUCCAUUGAAUUGAAUAUAAUACCUUGUACGAUAUAGAAUUAAUAAUCAUUUGAUAAAAUUGUUUUAUUUUUGGGAUUUUAGCACAACUAAUUUGAUUAAUUGUAUAGUCAUUUUAUUGAUAAAAAAUGUCUUCAAUAAAAUGAAUUCUUUAAGAUAGUUAAGAUUAAAAAAGAUAAACACUCUUCCUAUCUGAUUAAUAGCCCAUACUCCUUAAACAGAUGCUCUCAAGAAGAUGAAAAAAUAAAACUAUUUUUUUCCAAAAUAAAUUUAGAAUAAAUUUUUAUAAACUUCAAGAAAUCUGAAAUUCAUGUAGUUAUAAAUUAUUAGAAGUUAUAAGGAAAUUCUGAAGAAGAAAAACUUAAAAUUAUAAUCGAUUAUGAAUUUUUGAAUUUCGGAAGAAUUAUAUUGAAAAAGGAAAAAAUUUCACUAAUCAAUUAAUAUGGAAAAAAUUAGUUUUCUUAUACUUAUUUGAUAACUCUAAAAUCUUAGAAUAACUUAAACUUUAUUGAAAUCGAACAACAAAAAAUCUUAAGAAAUAUAUUCAAAAAAAAUGAAUUCCUUUAUUUUUAAAUUCUUAAACAUCCCAUUUAAUUUAACUAUGGAGAAAUGAGUAGUGAAAUAAUGAAAGUUCAAGAAUAACUAUUUGAAUUUGUCAAUAAUAAAAUAGAACAAUUUUAGAUCUAAUUAUUGAAUUUACAGUAAAUACCUAAACUUACUGAUUUUUUUGAGUUGUAAUAAUCUUUAGGAAAUUAUUUAAAAUAAUUAAAUGAAAUCCUUAGUUUAUACAAAAAACCCAAAUUCUCGUUGGUUUGGAAAAUUGUCUAUAAAAUAAAUCAUUUAAAUAUGAAUAUUGGUAGUUCUAUUAACAUAUAGUUGAAAAAUUUAAACAAAUAACAUCUUGAAUAAUUUUUGAAAAUGAAAAGAUGCACAUUUGAGGAUCUUUUUAUUAAAAUGUAAUUAUUAGAAUCAAAUCACUUGAAAUUAAUAGAUGAAUUUCUACGAAAAUAUCAUCAAUAUCAAUAUGAUGAUGUCCUUCUUGUAUCACUUUAGAAUUUUGCCAUUAAUGUGGAUUUUUGGAAUUCAUAUUUCAAAGAUUUUUUAGAGUCUAAGCUUUCUCAAUUGAACAUGAUAUCAAAAAAUCUUUAACCUUAACCAUAACAGGAUAUUGAAAAAGGAGUUUUUUUUUUUGGAAAAAGUAAAGUAGGAAAGAGUACUAUAUUAAAUUUGAUUUAAAACCCUUAAAUUCUUACUAUUAAAAAGGAAUUUUCAGAGUAAUGUUAUGUUGUUAAAGAUGGAUAAUAAUCAUAAUUUAAUAUUGGACAUGGUUUCAUGAGUGAGACAUAAAUGAUCUAAGGUACACAAAUAGAUGAUGUUUGGUAUUUUGAUUGUCCUGGUUUUGAUGAUAAUAUAUCAGAAUAUACUCGUAUAGCUCAUAGGAUUAAUUUAUAUAAUUAUUUAAAAAAGACAAAAAAAGUUAUUGGAUUUUUAGUUAUUGAUGGAUCUAUUAAAGAUGCAUAAGUUAUUAAGGAUACUAUUAAUCCUCUUUAUGAAUUAAUUAAAGACAAAAAUUAAUUAUUAAAAGAGCAUCAUAAAUGGCUUUCUUUAAUUUUGGUUAAAAUUAAUAAAAGUUCAAGAAUAGCUUGUAUCAAUAAUUGGGAUUAAGCAUUUCAAUAAUUAUUAAAUGGUUAAUAUAGUAUUUAUAAAUAAAUGUAUGAAAAUGAUAAUUAAUGCGUUGAAUUUUACAAAGCAAAGAAAAAAUAUCUUUAAGAUAAUCAAAAAUUUGAAGAAUAAAAAAACAAUUUGAAGAUAAAAAUAAAUAACAUAAUUAAUAGCUAAUUAUAAAACUAUGAUUUUGAACUAAAAUUUGAUUUGAUAUUGGAUUAAAAUUUGUAUUAUAUAAUUGGAGACGGAAUUUCAAUGCUUAUUAUUAAAGUUUAGCAUAUUAUACUAAUUUUAACAAACUUAAUGAAUAAUUACAUUUUAGAAAAUAAGAGUGAAAUAUCAUAAAAAUUAUAGCAGAUUUAAAAGCUAUAAGACAUUUUUCAAGAAGACAUUAUAGAAAGUAAUUUAGAAGAAUUUCUAUAAUGUCUCUUGAGUUGGUGUUAAGACUUAAUCUAAUUUGAUAAUCUUAUUUCUUUUUUGCCUUAAUUAAUUAUCGAUAUUCAUUCAUUUGUAAAGAUGUUAUUGCAAGCCAAAAAUAAUUUAUUAGCACCCCUCUAAAUAAAUACAGAAAUUAUAAGAGAAAACAUGAAAAAGAUUAUUGAGAUUAUAAAAAGAAUUAAGAAAUUGAAUUAAAUUGUCACCAUAGAAUAGAUAAUGCUGACUGUAAGUACUUUUAGGGCUUUUUCAAUAGAUAGUAAAAUCCAAGAAUUUUUAAUUACUUUAAAAUCAUUACCUUUAUUAGAAAAGAAAUUAUUAAAAAUAAUGUAUUAAAAUUAUUUAGAAGAGUAAGAAAGAAAUGAAAGAAUUUGA